AUGGGUGACGUAAGCUGCUAUAUGGGAGCUCCUGGAAGCGGUGCACCAGCAUCUACUGGGGGUAAUGGUGGUGGUGGUGGUGGUGGUAAUGGUGGUGGAUAUGGUUACCAAAGAGAAUACGACUAUGGAAGUGGUGGAGGUGGUGGAGGUGGUGGUGGUGGUGGUGGCGAUGAUGGGCCAAAGAUGCGCACGGAUGUAUCUUGCUAUCUUUCUCCCAGAUGA